CCGCUUUUGCUCCUAACGAAUACAAUACAAAGAGAAAGACGACACGAUAAGAUAAUAAUGCCAUGGCAAAAGUUGUUUUGUCUAUAAUAUCUACUCAGUCAGCACAUACCUACAGCGAACUCUUAAACAGAAAUAAUAACAUCUUAAUUUUCAUUCAAACCGUUUUGUUAGGAAAAAUGGGUCCGAAAUUGGCGAAAACAGGGUCUUUCCGUCACGGUUUGGCGGAGAAGAAGGAGAAGCUUCUCUCUGCGUCGGCGAAGAGUAGUAGUAGUUAUUCUGAGAUAGGUAUUGACAUAACCACGCGAGAGGAAGACGAAGAGCAAUCGUGGUGGAACACGUUUAAGCGCGUGGCUGGGAAGGCAUUGGAAAUGGGUCGCUCUGAUCCAAGGAAGAUUAUCUUCUCUGCAAAAUUGGGUCUUGCUUUGACCAUUCUCUCCCUUUUGAUUUUCCUCAAAGAACCCUUCGCCGAUUUGAGCAGCUACUGCGUCUGGGCCAUUCUAACUGUUGUCGUAGUCUUUGAAUUCAACAUAGGGGCAACUCUGAGCAAAGGGGUAAACGGUGGAAUGGGGACCAUGUUGGCUGGAGGACUUGCUGUGGGCAUGGCAGAGUUAUCAACAUUGGGUGGAAAAUGGGAGGAACUUAUAAUCAUUAUGUGCACCUUCAUUGUAGGAUUUUGUGCCACCUAUACAAAGCUAUACCCUACUUUGAAGCCUUAUGAGUACGGGUUCCGCAUGUUCUUGAUCACCUAUUGUUUCAUCACUGUAUCCGGGUAUCAAACAGGGGAAUUUGUUGAUACAGCUAUAAAUAGAUUUGUUCUCAUUGCACUUGGUGCUGCUGUAUCUUUGGGAGUCAAUAUCUGCAUAUAUCCAAUCUGGGCUGGUGAGGAUCUGCAUGAUCUUGUCACAAAAAAUUUCAUGGGUGUUGCAACAUCUUUGGAAGGUGUUGUCAAUCACUACCUUCAUUGUGUUGAAUAUAAGAAGGUGCCAUCUAAAAUUCUUACUUACCAAGCUGCUGAUGACCCAAUUUACAGUGGCUACAGAUCAGCUGUUGAAUCUACAAGUAAAGAAGAUUCAUUGAUGGGAUUUGCUGUCUGGGAACCACCACAUGGUCAUUACAAAAUGCUUAAGUAUCCAUGGAAGAAUUAUGUGAAAUUAAGUGGGGCUCUAAGGCACUGUGCGUUUAUGGUCAUGGCUAUGCAUGGGUGCAUACUUUCUGAAAUACAGGCCCCAGCUGAGAAGAGACAAGUUUUCCGCAGUGAGCUUCAGAGGGUAGGUUCUGAAGGAGCAAAAGUGUUGCGUGAACUUGGAAACAAAGUUAAAAAGAUGGAGAAACUAGGUCGUGGAGACUUGCUGUAUGAAGUGCACGAGGCUGCAGAGGAAUUGCAACAGAAGAUCGAUAAAAAAUCUUACCUUCUUGUCAAUUCAGAGAGCUGGGAAAUUGGAAACCACUCAAGAGAAGAGAGUGAUCCUCAACAACAAGGCCUCUUUAACAUGGACGAAGAAAGAAAAAUUCUCGAGUAUAAGUCUCUCAGUGAAGCAGUACUUGAUCUCAGAACAGUUCAAGUUCCAAAUACUUGGGAAGGAAAUGUAACUCUAGGCAAUAACCCUGGUGUGCCUGCAACCGAUGCCUCUGAAAACAUGUUCAGGAAAAAGAUAUAUUGGCCUUCUCAUAUUUAUUACAAUAAAUCGAAAUCGGAGGUCGAAGAGGGACAAGAGUCAAAAACUUACGAAAGUGCUAGUGCACUAUCUCUAACAACAUUUACAUCGCUUUUAAUUGAGUUUGUAGCAAGGCUUCAAAACCUGGUGGAUUCAUUUGAGGAAUUAAGUGAAGUAGCAAACUUUGUUGACCCCCUUGAGCAACAAGCACCAGUAGCAAUAGCAUCUCAUGGGUUUUGGACCCGGUUGUUUAACUGCUGCAAAUUUAAGGACUGAAAUAUAUGGUCUACUCUUCCUUAUGUCAACUUGAAAUUUAAGGAUUGAAACAUGGACUUGCUCAUGUCAAGAGCACCAUCUUGCAGUGUCCGAUCGACUAAAUGAGAAUCUGCAUGGUUGAUUCUAAAUUACUUUGGAAGGAUGCUAACUUAUGUGGAAUAUAGAUUGUUUGUAUUGCGACCUACAAAAAUUCAAGAUACUCUCCACCGAGAUAUGAUGGUGCAUUAGAUUGGAACGGUUGGAGGUGAUACUUAUAAAAAUACUGUGAUGCUCAAGUCAAGAGGUGACCUACCCAGUGUUUAUUGUAAUCUAUUACCAACAAGUUAUUUGAAUUUCUAGAUAAUACUAAGAUCGUGUUCUCCUAUAUUUUUUCG